CUCCUCCUCGUCGGGGAAGAAAGCGGCAGGAGGCGGCGGAAGAGAGAAGCCGGAGCUGCUGCGCGCAAGUCCCUCGGCCGCAGUAGCUGCUCGACGGCAGGCGGCGGCGCUGGAGAGACCCGGAGGGAGCCGCCGCCGCCGCCGGCGCCGCGGCGCGAAGAAGGCGAUGAAACCCCACGGAGCUGCCGCCGCCGCCCCCGCCGCCGCCGCCGUCAGCGCCUGGCCAGCCCCUCGGGGCGCCGCGGGCUCGGAGGCGGAGAAGGUGGUGCACUCGCGCUCGCAGGCGCUGCUCUUCUUGGGCGGCGGCACGAAGGCGCUGGGCGACGCCUUCAAGCUGCUGGUGCCCAAGUCGACGGAGUUCAUGAGCUCCGACGCCGAGCUGUGGAACUUCCUCUGCAGCCUCAAGCACCAGUUCUCGCCGGUCAUCCUCCGCAGCAAGGACGUCUACGGCUACGCCUCGUGCCGAGCCUCCGUGCCGGACCUGUCCCGGGGCUUGGCGGCGGCGGCGGCGGCGCAGGGCAGGAGGGAGCGGCCGUGGAGGAGAGCCGCCGCCAGGGGGAGGCGCCUGCGGGUGGCCGCCGCCGCCGGAGGAGGAGGCGCGAAGAGGGCGGCCAAGAAGCGCUGCAAAGAAGAGGCAGCGGCGCCCGAGGUUGCCCGCUGCGCUUCCGACGGGCGCCCCGAGCAGCAGCAGCAGCAGCCAUCGGUUCCCGGCCCGGCAGCGCCGCCCUUGCCCGCGGGGACUCUCUUCGAGGGCAGGUCCCUCGAGAGCAUCUGGCAGGCGGCCACCGCCCGCCAGCCGGACUCCUUCCCCUCCGUCAAGGUGCGCGGCAGCGUGUGGAACCGGCGCAGCUUGGAGGCCACUCGGCGGAGGGCGCGGCGCCUCCUGGGGGUCGACCUGGCGCCCGUCGUGAGACUCCGCCGCUUGCCGCUGGUCGGGCGCCGAGGAGCGGGCGCCCCUUGAAGGAGCCGCCCCAGGCACCGGGCUUGGGGGGCGGAGAACCGGG